ACCGUGCAGACAUCGGAGCCACGGCUAUAGCUCAAGCACAGAAAAACAGUCACAAAACCCCACCAGUGCACAUGGAGGCUUGUGCGGGCCAAGCUAGCAGCGCGCACAUCGUUCUGGUGCACGGCGCAUGCCUCGGCGGCUGGUCCUGGUUCAAGGUGGCGACGCGGCUCAGGUCCGCCGGGCACCGCGUCAGCACGCCUGACCUGGCGGCGUCCGGCGUCGACCCCAGGCCGCUGCGCGAGGUGCCGACGUUCCGCGACUACACCAAGCCGCUGCUGGACCUCCUGGAGUCCCUCCCGCCCGGCGAGAAGGUGGUGCUCGUCGGCCAUAGCCUCGGCGGCGUGAACAUCGCCCUCGCCUGCGAGCUGUUCCCGGAGAAGAUCGCCGCUGCGGUGUUCGUCUCCGCCUUCAUGCCGGACCACAGGUCGCCGCCGUCGUACGUGCUUGAGAAGUUCGUGGAGGGGAGAACGCUGGACUGGAUGGACACGGAGUUCAAGCCUCAAGAUCCCGAGGGCAGGCUGCCUACUUCCAUGCUGUUCGGGCCGCUGGUCACUCGAGCAAAGUUCUUCCAGCUGUGCUCGCCGGAGGACCUGACGCUGGGAAGGUCCCUGAUGAGGGUCAGCUCCAUGUUCGUGGACGACCUGAGGCUGCAGCCGCCCUACACCGAGGCCCGCUACGGGUCCGUGCGCAAGGCGUACGUCGUCUUCAAGGACGACCACGCCAUCGUCGAGGGGUUCCAGCGGUGGAUGGUGCACAACUACCCCGUGGAUGAGGUGAUGGAAAUCGACAGCGCGGACCACAUGGCGUUGCUCUCGACGCCGACCGAGCUGGCGCGCUGCCUCGCUGACAUCGCCGACAAGUAUGCUGCUUGACUUCCUCGCAAAAAAUAAAAGAAAAGUCUGCUGCUUGACGAUGAUGUGGCGCACGUUGCUUGCUGAUCUAUCCAUCUGUUUACCUUUGAUACCGUGUCGUUGCCGGCAUUUGUGAUUUGUCACAUCUACUGCUGUAUUUACCUGCUACCUCAUGGUUUGUCCCGUUCGUUAUGUUUCAGAGACUUCUACUGCACUCUAUUUCAGACGGAUGAUGUUUCAAAAUCGUAUCGUGGUGCAUGUAACUUUGCUAUUUAAUAUUUGAAGAUAAAUGUUAGUGAGCA